AUGAACGAGUACAAACUGGUAGUCCUUGGUGAUGGUGGUGUCGGCAAAAGCGCUCUUACUGUCCGUUUCGUGAUGGGAAAGUUUGAAGAGAAAUUCGACCCUACAAUUGAGGAUUUCUAUCGCAAAGAAAUUUAG